CCGCAAUGCCUAUUGGAGGACUUACAUUUUGAAUUGCUCAGCAUAUUUCGGUCGAGCAUGGGUCAUCCUCUACCUGAAAAUGCCUUGUUUAUGAACGAAGACGUGAGAGAAAUUCUACAUAACAGGAUAGUAAUUGUUUUAGGCGAUUCUAUUCAGAGGAGCGUCUAUAAGGACUUGGUAUGUUUGUAUUCUGAAGGAGACAGCCGGUACCUGACGGACGCAGAAUUACGUCGAAAAGGGAGAGAAACAAUGACUUGGUUAAAAUGCUCCCUUCUCCUACUGUUCCUGAUUGCCGUUACCCUUCACCCUUGCUAUGGGGGAGGGGAUCACGAAGAAGAGGAAGCAGGAGGCAAGGAGGAGGAGCAGGAAGAAGAAGCAGCACUAAACAUGGUGACAGUUGCAGCCUCUGACGCUAUCUUUGGUGGUGGAAAGUUUAAUGCAUCCUGGACCUACAGUAGUGCUUCCAAAACCAUAACGAUAACAGUGAAAGCCGAGACAGCAGGAUGGGUUGGUUUUGGGUGGACAGAAGGCGAUGGCAAGAAGAUGGUGAACUAUGAUGUGGCAGUCGGUGGUAGAAAUGGGUCAUCCUGCUAUCUCAAUGACUUUUUUUCCACUACUACUGGACGCCCUGUUUUAGAUGCCAGUCAAGACCUGACCGCCAGCUCGUGUCUUGAAGAUGCUGGGAUAACAACUCUUGUCUACUCCCGCCUUGCAACUACUAAUGACACUACAAAGGACGUCCAGCUUCAUGAUGAUGAGUUCAUGACUUUGGUUUGGGCAUUCGGUGCCGCUGAUGCUGGACCUACAGCGUUUGAAGAGCAUGAAGAAGGCAACCAUGGCUACUCAGCGGAAAAGUACAACCUUGUAACUGGUAUGAAGCAAGUGGCAGCUGUAGCCAGCUCGGUCAUCAUCUCCAUCAUCACCGCCCUGCUUCCAGUUUUUAUGCUUUUUGUGUUCUAGUCAUUGCUGUUGGUGUUGUUCCUGUUUUAUUAAUUGCUAAAGAUUCUUUUCGGAAAAAGUUAUCAUCCAUGUUAUUUUCAAAGAGUUUUUUUUAAUUUAAUAAAUUAGUGUAGAAGCUAA